AGUACGACGCCUCCUUACCUGAGCUGUGAGUCCGUCGGCCGGAGUGGAUGUGCGGGAGCAGCCCGGAGCCGCGGAGCGUUCCCAGGCCGGAGGAGAAACACCUUGGUCGGCGCGACAUGUCGAAAAUGCCGGUGGUGAGGGCGCUGGUCGCCGAGAGACUGGCGGCGGCCGCGGAGGAGAUAUUGGAGGCGGUCGAGGGGACCACGCUGCACGCAGCAGAAAUGUCACCUGAGCAGCAGAGGGCAGCUGUGCACAAGCGACUGUCGGUUGUUGCUGACGAGAUCUUUAGGAUCCUGGAGGUAAUGAUGGGCGAAUACGAGGAGGAGGUCUCCUGUUCCCGGGGGGACAUCGGCCGGCAACGUCAACUGCUGGACAUCACGUUGAAAACUGAGACAAAUCUACACAGAACAGACAGGCCGCCGCUGUCUGGCUGGGACACUUCCUCUGAGCAGCAGAAGCGGGAGCAGAGCCGGAGCCCCGGCCGAGUCCAGAAAACAUCAGGUCCACCACGGUUUAAAGACGCGUCGACGGAGACAGACUCUGAGUUCAUCCACGGUGGGCCCCCGCGUCUUCACCGAGCGCGAAGAGCGGAAAAGGGCGCCCCAACUACGAUGGAAACAGAGACUCGAGGAGAGCGCCGCGGGCUGCCACCUAGCGACCGCGAGGUUCUGUCUUCAAGAAAUUCAGGAGCUGGGAGUGAGUGUAAUGAUAGUGAUAAAGAGCCGAAUGAGAAAACGCCGUCUUCAAACAGAAGAAGAGCAUUUCAGGGACUGAGGCAAAGUCAGGGUGCAGACUGCUGCGAAAUGUGUGGGAGGCCUUUCCACAAAGGUGCCGGUGGGAAGAAAAUGAAAACGCGCGCAAGCAAAAUCGCUGCGACAGACAAGAGCCAAACGACAGGACGGAGCUGUUGCAGGGUAUGUGGAAAGUUUUUCCGGUACAAACGCUCUUUUCAGAAACAUGUACUUAAGCACGGGCAGAGCACAGAUCUGUGUGGAGUCUGCGGCAAAAAUCUGGACUCUGACGAGAGCUUAAAGGUGCAUUUACAAAGACACAACGAGGAAAACAGCUGCAGGGAUCAAACGGAGGACAAAGAGUCAAAGGCCGAGCGCUCGGACGCUGAGAGUAAAGUGGGCGACAGUGACGAGGACUGGAGGGAAAGCGAGGGAACUGCGAGCGACGAUGGAGACAGCGAUAAGCAUGAGACCAAGGAAGGACCUGGUUUACGAAAGACGGAGUCAAAAGCAAAAAUUCAAGCAUCAAACAAACCUAAGAGACCUAAGAGCAAGGACUGUAAGGAUUUAUCUCAUCUGAAAUACUGCUGCAAAGUGUGUGGCAGGUCUUUCUGCUACAGAGCCUCUUUCCUGAAACACGUGCAAGAGGACGAGAGGGAUACAGAUCUUUGCGGCGUCUGUGGGAGACAUUUUGAGACCGAGGAGAGCUUGAGGCUUCACCUGCAAACUUACAUCCGAACCAAUGACUGUGAAGUUUGCGGCAAACAUUUCGACGGCCACAAACAACUGGAGAUGCACAUGAGAACCCACACGGGAGAGAAACCGUACAUCUGCAGCGUCUGCGGCAAAGCCUUCGCUCAAAACGGAAAUCUGAUGGGGCACAUGAGAGUUCACACGGGGGAGAGGCCGUACGUUUGCAGCGUGUGCGGCCAGAGCUUCAGCUUCAAAGAGUACAUGAUGGCUCACAUGAGAAUCCACACCGGGGAGAAACCCUUCCUGUGCAGCGUCUGCGGGAAAGGGUUCAGGCAGAGGGGGACCCUGAAAACGCACAUGAUGAUCCACACGGGGGAGUCCACGCACCGGUGCAGCAUCUGCGACAAAAAGUUCUACAAGAGCGGGGCGCUGAAAAUCCACAUGCGGUCCCACACGGGAGAGAAGCCGUACCUGUGCAACGUUUGUGGGAAGAGCUUCACCGCGAGCAGCUCGCUCACCAAACACAUGGGCGUCCACGAAGGGGAGCGGACACACUGCUGCGGCGUCUGCGGCAAAGGAUUCUUGAGGAAAGAGGAUCUGAGAAGGCACGUUCAGACUCACGGGGACGAAUCCGCGCAGCUGACUUUAAGUCUUUAAUGCUGGCGUUGGUGCGGCCUGUUUAUAAAGGAAUAGCUCAACGUUUUAGGACACACGCUUAUUUGCUUUCUUUUCCGAGAGCGAGAGGAAAAGGUCGAUAUCAGUCUCAGGUGGAGCUGAAACAAUUAGACGGAAAAUUAAUCGGCAACAAAUUUGAUAGUAGAUCAAUUUGAUUGUUCAAGCAAAAACCUCACUGAGCUCCAGCUUCACAGUUGUGAGGAGUUGCUGUUUUUCUGUCAUAUCUGAUAGAAAAUUGAUAAUUUGGGGGUUUUGGACUGUUGAUCUGACAAAACAAGACAUUUGAAGACAGAAAGUUUUAGGAAAUAUGCAUUUUUAGCUUAUUUAUGGGUGUAUUUAAUGCUUUUAUUCUGUCAAUCUCGCUUUUAUGUGAUCCUUAAUUAUUCUCUUCACAUUUCAACGUAAGUCUGUUACAUGUGUUUUGUAACCUCGAGACUUUAUCUUCUGCCUGGUGCUGCUAUCAUGUCCAGGACACCACAGUAAAACAGAUUUAUAAUCUCAUUAAGGCCCUGUCCUGGUUAAACAAUCGACUAGUCGAUCAACAGAUAAUUAGUCAGCAACCGAUUAAUCCUUUAAAUCCUUUUUCCAGCAGAAAUGCUUGAAAAGAUUUGACUGGUCCAUCUUUUCAAUGGGGAAAAAGCUAGUCUGGCUCUGUCCAACGUUCAGAAAUAAACCUCAAAACCUGUCUUAUUUGCACAAUUGUCAGAAAGAAAGCAAAUAAACAAAUAUCCCUAAAUGUUGAACUGUUCCUUUUUAAAUGACCAUGAUUAAAAAUUGAAACAGCGAAAGGAAAAGUGUUGAACCAAGGCCGGUUUGACAGGCUUUCCUAAUAGUUCUAUGCACAUGUCCUGCUAUAUUCAGUAGAAACAUGCACAUGAAGACUGACUUUGCCAAAUCACAUGUAUGUACCACACAAGUCGAACAAGUCUUCGUACCUCGUGCCCCCUCAAGGUUUUUGCUGCACUCGCUGGACUCUAGAAGAUCAGAACUGUUUGGUGCCUCGGUUGCCAAUUGAUCCACCUUUGAGUAGAAUGCUUAACGAUCUAUGUAUUGUUUAUCAUACCAGAUAUAACCAGUUAUACGUCUUUGAUAGAUAAAACUAAAUAUCAUACGUAUGUGUCUUAGUCUGAUCAUUUACCAAAAUUACUAUGUUGAACAUUAGUCUGGGGGGAGAUGUUACACGAAAAUGCACGUACAAAAUAUCAAAUGUUUGUUUUAAGCCAGUUUUUUUCAUCUUUUCCUCUACUCAUGAAAGGAAAUAUAAUGUCACAAUUGAAUAAUUUCACAGCUUUUAUUGUACUUUUCUUUUCCAUAAAGUGUUGCUACAGUAUAUAGUUUAAAAUCAUAAAUAAAUACAGAAAUCUUU